AUGAAGUGGCAGUAUUUGGUAGGUGGUUUAGGAUUGGUAAUUGCCGGUGCAGUACUGCAAUUAAAGUAUACCGGUAUACUAGACAUAUUGGGAGAUGAACGAUUAGCAACGCCAAUGCUGUUAUUAGCUACCGGUGCAUUAUGUUCCCUUCUGGGAUUUCUCGGAUGUUGCGGAGCAAUACGGGAAAACUAUUGCUUAACAGUUAGCUUUGCAGUUUUACUCUCUCUCAUACUAAUAGUGGAAACAGCUGCAGCUAUUGCUGCAUAUGCUUUGCAAGAACCACUUCAAGCUUCUUUAUCACACCAAUUAACGUUGGGUUUACAAAGGUACAAUCGUUCCGCAGGUGUUCGCAUUGCAUGGAAUCAGAUUCAGAGAGAAUUCGCUUGUUGUGGAGUACACAAUUAUACCGACUGGCAUGUUCCACCAGAUUCAUGCUGUAUUCAAGAUUCACUUGACUGUGCUAAAAAUGAGCAAAAUUUGCAACUAUCUGGUUGCAUGGAACGUUUAGAACAUUGGCUGAUUCUGAAUGCAGCUAUGGUUGGAGGAGUCAGUGCAACCGUUGGCUCAAUGCAAGUGAUUGGAGUAUGCUUUGCUUGUUGUUUAUCAAAAUCUAUUCUGAAGGACUUUCAUGAUUUUUAUUAUUGA